CGGGACGGACCAUGUCUAAGGGGCCAGAAGCGGGCGGGGGUGGGGUCACAGGAUUGGCAGUUGUUAACCUUCCUAUCAUGGUGUCACAUGCUCGCCGCUGCAGACAGAGCAGGACAAAAACACAGAUGGAGAGAGCUCGACUAAGGACACGCACUUUACUCUUUUCUACUUAUCGCUCCUUUCUUUUCCUCUCAUUUCCUGCCUCUUGCUUUUAACAUCUCAUUAUCCUUCUGCUAAUGUCUAAUGAUUCUCUAUGGUACAUCUUUUUUGACUACACUCUCUGCUUUUUUGCUUUUGUGUCUUCCUCUUAAUUUCCUGAGGUUUCCCUCUCACUGCUGCUUCCUUGCACCCUCCUGACUAAGCUCUUUCUGUAACUUGCUACUCAUCCUCUCUUUCCCGCCUUCGAACUUCUGUUCCCUCACCUCCUUUCUUUGCCUCCUCUUUUUUGGAUGGAUAGCUACUCGUGCCUCUACAGUUCCUCCCACAGAACCGGACUCCUCUCCGGCUUCCAGCGUCUUCGCUCUGAGACUAAGAUGUGUGAUGUUGUCCUGGAGGCCGGCGGCGUAUCCUUCCCGUGUCAUCGCGCCCUUUUGGCCAGCUCCAGCGAGUAUUUUUGGGCUCUGUUUGGAGAGACCACCGCAGAGAGAUUAGCGGGCUCCAUUAGCCUCCCGGCGUUAACACCUGAGGGUUUAGAUGCUAUUCUGGAUUUCCUGUAUUCAGGCUGGCUCAGCGUAUCACCCUCCACGAUUCAUGUCGUCCUGGAAGCAGCCAGGUACCUGCAAGUGGAGCCGGCGGUGUCAAUAUGUGAGCGCUUCAUGAUUGAUGGUUUAACCGCUGAGAACUGCUGCUGCUAUGCUAACCUGGCUGAUCGCCAUGCACUAUCAAAUGCACUUGAGGCUGCCAAUCAAACCGUCGCUAUGGAGAUGGGGACGUUGCUGCAGGAAAGCAGGGAUGAUCUCCUCGAGCUGAAUAUCCAAUCACUGAUGGCGGUGCUUGACGCUGACGAGUUACCUGGCGUCAAGGAGGUGGAGCUCAUAAAGCUGGCUCUGGAUUGGCUGGAUGACAACGGACCCCUCCCACUGCUGAAAUCAAAUCUUCUGCUGAGUCGUCUGCGCUUCGGAUUGGUCAAAGCUUCUGAUCUCACCAACCUUAACCACAGAGCCAUGGUCACGCCUUUGAUCAGAAGUCAGCUGACUCGAGCCUUGGAGUAUCACAGGAUGGGUUCAGCUCAGCCAAUCAGACAGAGCAAGCAGUCGACACUCAGAGCCUCGCCAAAUCGUGUGCUGCUCGUGGGUGGGGGGUCCAGCGCUGAUUGGCCAGAACAGCAGGUGUUGGCGUUUGAUCCAAGAAGCAAGAAGUUUUCAUCUCUGAGUUCCUGUCUCCCACUGCGACUGAGAAAUCACUGCGUGUGCUCAGUGGGAGGUUUCCUCUUUGUGAUCGGAGGGGAGGAAGUGAAAGAGGGAGACGAAGAUGGGAAAAAGUCAGUCACCACAGCAACAACCAACCAGGUGUGGCGGUAUGAUCCUCGCUUCGACUGCUGGGAGCAGGUGGAGUCCAUGCUGGAGAGGCGGGCGCAGUUCACCUGCUGCGUGGUGGAUGAUGUUAUUUAUGUCACCGGGGGACGACACACACGACAGGACACCGACACACACACCUCAGUAGCCUCUGUUGAGUUUUAUGACAUGACCACACGGGCGUGGAGGAGAGGAGCAACGAUGCCUCGCCCUCUUUACGGCCACGCAUCUACCGUGCUUGACAACAGCAUCUAUGUGUCAGGUGGUCUCCCGGGCAACCAGGGCAGCGUCCAUGGCAGUAACCAUGGUGAUAACCAGGAUGAAAACAGGGAGAGCAGCAGAGAGUUCCUGCAGUGGGACCUCAAAAGCAGAGUCUGGGAAAAGAGGGCGUCCAUGUCUAUCGCCAGGUUCAGUCAUCGCUUGGCAACCGCCCACGGCUACAUCUACGCCCUACUGGGGAUGUACGAACCUUUCUGCGAUAUAGAACGAUACGAUUCGCAGUCAGACCACUGGGCACGCCUCAGACCGCUUCUCAUUGGCUCCUUCAACUACGGGAUGGUGUCAACGCCGUCUGGGAAUCUGCUGGUAUUCGGAGGGAGAAGGUGGAGCGACGGACAGGAGGUGAUCAUGAAGAGUGUGUUGGAGUACGACACAAAAAAAGACAGCUGGAGAGAGAUCUGUCAGCUCCCCAGACCUCUCACUGGCACUGAGUGCACACUGCUACCCCUGCCUGACUAGAGUGUAAACAAUGAGAGAAAAUAUUUCACAAAUUAUGUGAUCCGGUGCCUAUUGAAGCUCUUACACUUACAAGUAGCUGCAAAUUAAUCUUAAAAUGCUGCGAAUAAAGCGCACGCGGUAAAAAUAAUGACAUGAAAAUAUCAGAAAAUUGGACUCUCAAUUUUUGUAUGUCGACGUUGCUCAACAGUUGAACAUAGGAAACUAGAACUAAUGGGUUUCAGUCAUAAAAGAAACAAAUAGAAAAGAAGAGUAUUCCUCAACAGUAGAGAGCUUUGUGGCCUGGGUUAGGGAAUGAAACUGGGUUGUCAGAGAUGAAAUGUUCACCCACUCCAGCUUUGACAGCUCUACUCUCCUACCCACUGUAUAUUUCAAGCUGUUUGCAGUCCUGUCUCAUUAGAGGAGAGCAGGUGUGCAUCAUUAGUUUGACAUUUUCAGAAAUAUGCACUUUCUUGCCGAGAAAAGAUUGACACCACUCUCAUGCCUGCACGAAGCUAGAACCAGGAGAGUGUUAUCUUAGCUUAGCAUAAAACACAUAAUCUCCUGUAAAAUCACAACUUGGCAUUUUUGCCAAGUUGCUCUGUUUUUGUACAGACAGAACAAACAAGAGAUAAAGUAAAGUAUUAAGAGGUGCUGGUAGGUGAAUUUUCUUUCCCACCACAGAUACAAGUUACAAAUAGUAUAGUUAGAUGACAUUACUGUGCAUUAAAUAUGAAGCUACAACCAGGAGACAGUUAGCUUAGCUUAACAUAAAGCACACAAACUCCGACUGGUGACUUUACACUUAGGUUUUUGUAUGGAUUACACAAAUCACAUACACCAUCUUUAUUGGUGAGCUGUCUCCCUUACUAGUGUUUAUGCUAGGCUAACCCUUACUAGACUUUAUGCUAAGCUAACUCUACUACUACUACAUGACAUUUUGGGAAAAACAUUUGCUUUUUAAGCAAAAGUUAGAUGAGAGGAUCAAUGUCACUCUCACGGAUUUUUGUUAAACAUAAAGUUAAAAAAAAAGGCUAAAACCAGGUUUGUUAGCUUAAACUACUGCAAUAAUUUACCAUAAAACAACAUGUUGUUCUACACUUUCUUUUAACAUAUAAACAAAACAAGAUAUAAAAUGUUAAUUAGUGAGUUUUAUUACUUAUAGGCUGCUUUUUUGACCUUUGGAUGCAGCCAGGCUAACCGUUUCCUCCUUGUUUCCAGCCUUUAUAUGCUAAGCUAGCUAACUAUCUCCUGAAUGGUUCUAGCUAAUGUACAGAAUGUUUUCUACAGAAGAUUAUCUUAUAAUACUAUCUUGUAAAUGUUGGCAAGAACGCAAAUAAGUUGUUCCCACGAUGUUGAACCAUUCAUUCAAGAAAAACACGUCAAGACUUACAAAAUGACACAGGCUGAGAGGGGCAUUUUUAUUGUAUUUUUGUUGGU